CUGGAUUCGGAACGCGCUUCUGAUUGGCUUUUCGAUCCUGACCAUAGAGUGCAGUGGCUAGGGCGCCCGUCGAGUCAGCCAUUGAACGUUCGUAUAGUUGUACGCGCAAGUUCCUGCUGCCCUCCGCUUCGGGACAGAGCCCGUAAGGUGAGAGUGUUGGGAAAGCCUGCUCAGGGUAAGAGGCAUCACCUCUGUUUGGGAAAGUACACUGCUUGAUUUUCUUUCUCUACCACGAGCCUCACUGGCCACCAUCUAAAUUCACAAUGCCUGCAGCGGUGGUAGAUAAUAGCCAGGUGAUAUGUGAGGUGUGGGCUGUCAACUUAGAGGAGGAGAUGCGCAAAAUUAGAGAACUUGUUCGCACAUAUGGCUACAUAGCAAUGGACACAGAGUUUCCUGGUGUUGUGGUGAGGCCCAUCGGUGAAUUCCGGAGCACAAUAGAUUAUCAGUAUCAACUGUUGCGCUGUAACGUUGAUCUUCUGAAAAUCAUUCAGCUUGGGCUUACUUUUACGAAUGAAAAGGGGGAGUAUCCACCCGGCAUCAACACAUGGCAAUUCAACUUCAAGUUUAACCUCACGGAGGAUAUGUAUUCUCAGGAUUCUAUUGACUUGUUGGCUAAUUCUGGUCUUCAGUUCCAAAAGCACGAAGAGGAAGGCAUAGACACACUGACCUUUGCAGAGCUGCUUAUGACAUCUGGUGUGGUGUUGUGUGACAAUGUGAAGUGGCUUUCAUUUCACAGUGGCUAUGACUUUGGCUAUAUGGUGAAGCUUCUCACGGAUUCCCGUCUGCCUGAGGAGGAACAUGAGUUUUUCCAUAUCUUAAAUCUCUUUUUCCCGUCUAUAUAUGAUGUCAAGUAUCUUAUGAAGAGCUGUAAGAACCUAAAGGGAGGUCUUCAGGAGGUAGCUGACCAGUUGGACCUGCAAAGGAUUGGUAGGCAACAUCAAGCAGGCUCAGACUCUCUGUUGACAGGCAUGGCAUUCUUCAGGAUGAAGGAGUUAUUUUUUGAAGACCACAUCGAUGAUGCCAAAUAUUGCGGUCGCCUCUACGGACUGGGUACAGGAGUGGCUCCAAAGUCCAAUGAGGAAGUGGAGGAGAAAAUUAGCAUCAUGUCUCUAAUCAAUAACGGGCAGCAGUAAAGUGUCAUUCCAUUACUUGCCUUCUGUCAGCACAUCACAUAUCAGCAUCUCUAUGUUAAGCAAUGGGGUCUUAUCCUGUCAUCAACUCAAUGCCAGAGCCAUUCACAGUUACUCCCAAUGCACCUUCCUCAGGAUGACCAGCAGAGUCAUUGGCAUUUUGAGUGACACUAUAUUUAUUUCUCUCCUUGGUAAUUUUCGUUACUUUCAUAGUUUUUACUGCAAGAUGUCAAGAUGUCAAGAUCUUACUGAAAGUGCCCUGCCCAGCCACACGGGUACAGAAGCGAGAGACUCGCCAAUGAGCUACAGAGCCUUUGUGGUUUUUUUCAUGUGCCGUUGCUUUCAGGUUAACUCGUUCUCUCAUAGGUAUACUUGGCAAUUCCAAAAUCAGCACUAUGAGUCCCAGAGUGCCUUGGGAAAGCCUAGGGUUUGCCCCCUUUGUUUUCAGUGCCACAACAUAAAGCACCUUUAAUGAAAUGAAAACAUGAUGGGAACAGCUCACUGAGAACCUGUUGUGCAUCUGCCAUCAUUUCACUUUAGCUUAAUUAGCUGUAUCAUACAGUCUUCACCGUGCAUGUUGAUGGCCAUAAUUAAUGUAUUGGUAUGGAGAGGAAUAAUGUCUGCAAUAGAGUUGCCUACAUGUGUUUCUACAGAAAUGUGCCUGCGUUUAGAAAAAAAAAAUGAAUUGUUAAACAAAAAACAUGAUAUUUCUGGCACUAACAAAUCCCAAAGUUCUUUUUUGUAAAUUAAUACGGCACAAAUGAAUUACUAAAACGUCACUGAUGCCAGGAUCUCCCCGAACUCCCUCUACUGCUCUGUAAAAUAGAAAUGUCCAAGUAAGACUUAAAGAAAAUAUUAAUAUGAAAUUGGAAAAAAAAAAGAAUGAAAAUACUUUCUGGGAAUUGUACCACGCAAUUUUGUAAACUGUCAAGAAUUGCAAUUUAUUUUACACUGGACAUUUAAAACAAAUUGCAGAUACCAAAAUCCUUUUAAAAGCCCCAGACUGAGCUUUCUAGGCGUUUUUAUCCCAGUUGUAAUUAGAUUUUUUUUUUUUAAAUUGGCUUUAAAGCUAUUGAAAAAGCCUUCUUUAUGUUAUCUAUUUGUAAAAAAAAAAAAUGAAAUUAAAUCUGUACAGAUGGAAAAAAAGCUGAAAGCAGUGGAAAAGAAAGAGAAAAGAUUUGACUUGAGUCUUGAGAUUUUAUCCAGCGAGUUUUGUAAUCCAUAUUCCAUUGUUCUGAGCUGAAGUCUGAAAUGCGUGUAAAUAUUAUUUAUGUUUUUAAAUUUGUAAAAUAAAGAAAUGUUUUUUUUUUUGUUUUUUUUAAA